AUGGAAGAAACUAAUUACAUACCAAUGAAUUGUCAGUAUCUCCACUCCAGAUUGAAAACACUCAUGUCUUCACACAAACUCCAAAAGGGUCAUCGAAAAUCAAUACUUGGAAACAAAAAAACCUCACAACCAAAGAGAUCUCGAGCUAACAAAGAGGAUCAUAUCAUGGCUGAGAGAAAGCAAAGAGGGAUACUCAGCCAUAGUUUCAUUUCUUUUGCUUCUCUUGUUCCUAACCUCAAAAGGAUGGACAAAGCUUAUGUAUUAGCUAGGUCUAUUAAAUACGUGAAAGAGCUUAAAGAUCGUUUGGAAGUUUUAGAAGAACAAGACACAAAUGCAGAAGACGUAAUUCGGGUUCAGAAGGAAAGUCAGAGAAAGACCAAGAACAUAGUCAAGGACAAUUCAACAUACCAGGUUUAUGACUCCAUUUUACUUAUUUCGACGUUAUAUUUGCUUCAGCUUCACUAUAAUCCAUCACCUUUUGAAAUAGGGGGGGAAUGGUUAUUAAGGGUUUCAAUUGUUUGCCACUGCAAAAAAACGUGUUACUGUUGGUUUUGA